UAGGUAUUCAAAGUAUCCUUUAUGAUAUUGUUGGAUAUUUAUCAAAUAUUGAUAUUCUUUUCUAAUAUUAAUAUAGGGGAAGACACUGUCAACUGGUUAUGGGACCUGCUGGAAGUGGCAAGUCUACUUUUUGCGCUACAAUGAUGACCCAUUGUCAAACUACUAAUCGUCGUGUUCAUCUUGUCAAUCUUGAUCCUGCUGCUGAACAUUUCGAAUAUGAACCCACUAUUGAUAUUCGAGAUCUAAUUACUUUAGAAGAUGUUAUGGAAGAAUUGGAUUAUGGACCUAAUGGUGGUCUUAUUUAUUGUUUAGAAUUCUUAUUAAACAAUAUUGAUUGGCUUGAAGAAGAAAUAGGAACAUAUGAUGAUGAUUAUUUGAUUAUUGACUGUCCUGGACAAAUCGAACUUUAUACACAUUUCCCUAUUAUGCGACGACUAUGCGAACAAUUAUCACGAUGGAAUCUGAAUAUAUGUGGUGUUUACUGUUUGGAAUCUCAAUUUAUUGAAGAUAAAAGUAAAUAUUUUUCUGGUGUACUUAGUGCCAUGAGUGCUAUGGUAAAUCUUGAAAUUCCACAUAUUAAUGUGAUGACCAAGAUGGAUUUAAUUCAAGGUGAUUAUGGUAAUAAACAAGAAGAUCAAGAAGAUGAAGAUACGGAAAAGAAAAAGAAACGAUCUAGAAAGUAUCGAAGACGACAACAACAAUUGAAGAUGGAACAAGCAAUGACUGAUAGAGAAUUGGACCGAUAUCUGGAUCCGGACCCAUUGUUAUUGGCUGAAGAAGCUGGCCAGGUGGCAUCUCAAGAAGAAGAAACAGGACGGAUGGCGAAAUUCCGAGAAUUGAAUCAAGCUAUUGUACAAUUGAUUGACGAUUACAGUAUGGUUAGCUUUAUACCAUUGAAUAUUACGGAUGAAGAUUCUAUCGAAUACGUACUAUCAAGUGUAGAUCACGCGAUGCAAUACGGAGAAGAUUUAGAACCCAAGGAACCUGACGAUACGAUAGAAUACGAUGGAUGAUUUAGGAUUAGUUUUAUAGUAUAUGUUUAUAAUAAAUAAAAAGAUCAUACAUAUCAAGAAGCGGAUUUUGAAUAGAAUCAAAUAAAAAAAAAAAGAAUCUUAU